GAGUGCCUAAUGCAGUUGGUGAGAGCUGGAGCCUCUGUCAAUGCCAGCACAACACGUUUUGCUCAAACACCAGCCCACAUUGCUGCUUUUGGAGGACAUCCUCAGUGCCUGGUUUGGUUGAUUCAAGUGGGGGCCAACAUAAACAAACAGGAUUAUGUUGGUGAAACUCCUAUUCAUAAAGCAGCACGGUCUGGUAGUAUGGAAUCCAUAAGUGCCCUUGUGGCUCAUGGUGCGCAAAUAGACUUGAGAAAUGCCAGUGGCCUGACAGCAGCAGACCUUGCACAUACCCAGGGCUUCCAAGAAUGUGCCCAGUUUCUCUUGAACCUCCAGAACUGUCACCUGAAUCGUUUCUAUAGCAAUGGCACCUUAAAUGGGGUUCAUCAGAGUGCGGGUCCCAAUCCACUCAGUGGUGGGACAAGUCGAAAGAGAUCCUUUGAAGAUACGGAGUCUGCUGGAGUAAAGAAGGCUAGAACCGAAGCUUAUAGCUUUGAUGGCUUAAUACCAAUGAUGAAUGGAGGAAUUGAGGAUGAUGCUGACAAUAUGCACGUUGAUAGAGAGUUUGCUGUUGUAUCAGAUAUCAGUAGCAGUAGCUCCAUAUUGAAUGCACUGACAAAUGGAUGCGCCGCCAAUGGACAUUUGGACCUCACCGCUGCACAACAGCUCAGUGGAAUGGAGAACAGGCAGGAAGGAAGCUUGACACCCAAUGGAAUAAUUCCUGGCGUAGCCUCUCCCAGCCGGCAUCGAGUUCAUGCCAGCAGUGGCACCGAGGAACCCGAAAAAGCCCUGAGCGGUUCCACGGAGAUGUGUGGCUCUCUGCACCUGAACGGGAGCCCGAGCAGCUGUGUGUCCAACCGGCCCUCGUGGGUGGAAGACCUGGGAGAUACUUUGCACUAUGGACACUAUCAUGGCUUUGGGGAUACUGCUGAGAGCAUCCCUGAGCUCAGUAAUGCUGUGGAGCAUUCCAAUUCUGUUAAAGUGGAGCAGAAAUACGAUAAUACUGUCUUAGGCACAAUGUAUUUGUAUCAUGGUACCUAGAUCAAUGACCUUUAUGGCAAGAGCAUAUUGAAAUUGCUACCAAAAGAAUCCGGGGGGACAGAAUCCCCACCUAGCAUUAAAUUUGAAGAUUGCAACUUAUUGCUAUUUUUACACUUUGUUUAUAUAAAAAGUAAACCUUUAAUUUGACAGCCUUAUACGAUAGUUGUAGAUUGUUGCAUGUAUGGGGCUUAUUUAGUGAUAAAAUAGGUGCUGUUACGAUGGAAUGUUUAUUAUUUUCAUUUUUUUAUUAUGGAAUGUUCUGGUUUUGUAUUUUUUUAUUUCUAAGCUUGUGAACACUAUCUUUCCCUUUUUAGAACUGUUUUCCCUUUUACUGAAGUGAUUAACCGCGUUUUGUGACGAAAACGAGCUGUAUGUUACACAUGUGCAUCCCUCUGGAGUGAAGAUUUUCCUUUCUCAUCUCUCUGCUGAAGCUAUGGUAGCAAUAUCAAUGCCAGCUGUCACUAUGCAAGGUUUGAAAAGUGGCAAUCUUACGGAGCUUCUCUGACUUUCUGAUUUGUACCUCUGUUCGGUAUAAUUAGGUGUUCACCGUUUCGGUUUGUUUCGAAGGAGUUGUUUAAAAAUGCAAGGACAAAAAUCGAAGUUGAUGUUUCACUUGCUGUAGCGUAGAAGUGCUUGUUGUUGUUGCUGGGCCCUUUGCGUUAUCGAGUGGGAAAGUGGGUGGCCUCGUUCGUUCAGUUACAGUUGGGUGCGUUGAGGUUAGUUCUGGGUUUGUGGCGUUUUUAUUUUGCUUCUCUUCUUUAUGUGAAUGCUUGAUAUUUUACCAUAGCUCACAGACUGGAGGCAUGUUCGCACUGUUCUGCUCUGUACGCAGUUUUAAAUUACUUGUUAGAGAAUUUGCCAGGUCAAGAUAUUUGAGUUUGACUGUCUUUGAUAUACAUUUAUUGUUCCUUUUUUUUUUUUUUUUUUAAACAUAUGCUUUGAAAAUGUAAUGCUGUGUAGUCUUUGCGCUAUGCUCACAGGAAAUACAUUGUAUUUAAAGCUUAAUACACAAAUCAAACUUCAUGUACGUGCACUAUAUGAGCACUAAUAAUAUAAGCUACUGCUUUGUGUUACGAUAAAUGAAGAGUGGGGAAGAAAACGGUAAUUGAGAUAAGCCCUCUGAAAUGUGUUGAUUUUUUCUUGUUUUGUUUACAAAGGGACCUUUACAAAUUGGAUUUAAAAAUAAAGAAUCGUAUUACGUUGUAUCU